AUGCUGCCCUUCAAAACGAAUUUCGGUUUUGUCAUUUGGAACUCGGAUAUCAAAGAUCGUCCAAGCCCUUGUGGAACCCAAAUCACAACCGCCGACUUUCAACGAACGCUUGAUGUCCUGACAGGACUAUCUCUCCACGGGCCAGGCAAGCGACAAGUGGGCCCAGCGAUAUCACACACGUUCGACGUUGUCUGGCACAUCGUCGCUUCGAACAUCAGCUAUGCGGGUGGAUGGGUCCCGGACUCGCAGAUUGACGGCCAGAUGAAUAUGCUCAAUCGACAUUAUGAAGGGACUGGGAUCUCGUGGAGACACUCGAAGACGAUUCGAAUCCUGAGUCCUCACUGGCACGAAUACAUAACCACCAACACGACUGGUCUUCGAUCCGAUAUGCAAAGACUCUUCAACGAAGGCGGAGCUACGACUCUGAAUGUCUACACGCUAGGAUUCCACCGAGAUUUCGUAAACGGCUACUCGUCACAACCCGUGGACUACCUCAACAACCCCAAAGAGGAUGGCGUCGCUAUACGAUUCACAACUCUACCAGGCGGGAUAAGCGACCAACGUGCUGGUGGGACCUUGACGCACGAGUCUGGACAUUGGUUAGGCCUUCGACAUACUUUUGAGGGCGGAUGCGAAGGCGACGGAGACGGUAUCUGGGAUACUCCCGCUGAAGCUUCACCAGCAUUCGGCUGUCCAGUCGGAAGAGACUCGUGUCCUGACCAACCAGGUCUGGAUCCCAUAUACAACUUUAUGGACUACACAGACGAAGAUUGUCGAUCAGAAUUUACGCCGGGUCAAGUAGACAUGAUGCAGGCGGUUAUUCGAGCCUUUAGAUCGAAUGACAUGGGUACACCGAUAUAG